UCACUCCAGGACCUAGCCAACGACCUAGACUCCAUCUACAACACCUACGCCGUCAGGAGCACGAAUGACUCUGUUGAUACGCUUGAUUCCGAAUCCAACCAGGUCGGGGCUCAACGUCCGUAUGGCAGUCACGAUUUACCUGCUGUUCACAUACUGCUGAGACUUCUGCUGCUUCAGCUAGAGGAUAACAAUGUUGUUCGUUCGGCUCCAGAGACCCCUAACUCUGGCAGCGAGUUCGACUUCACGCUCCGCUCGGCCAAUAUAAAUCUCCCGCUGCAUCGAGCCCUUACAAACUCGUCGUUGAAUGUUUUGCUCGAUACGCCGUCUACGGAGUCGGACUUCAAGCUGUUACUCCGGACUCAAUCUGGACCCGAUCGUGAUAGUGACGGCAUUCAGUACUCGCAAGACCUGCGAGACAAUGGCAAUGACAAUGACAAUGAAAAUGAAAAUGUCAUCUACAACGACGAGAAUAACGAGAAUUGGGAGGCCCGUGGUGCUGCCGUGAAGAAGGUUCCAGAUGGAAACAGCUUCAAAGUCAUAAGAAGGACGGUUCUGGACUUCAAAUUUGGCAAAGAAAUUGGUGAGGGAUCAUAUUCGACGGUAAUGCUCGCUACAGAUAAACACACCUCCAAAAAGUACGCUGUAAAAGUGUUGGAUAAGAGACAUAUCAUUAAGGAGAAGAAGGUCAAGUACGUCAAUAUUGAAAAGCAUGCUCUCAAUAGGCUCAGCAACCGAAUGGGCAUCAUCUCACUUUACUUCACGUUCCAGGACAAGUCAUCCUUGUACUUUGUCUUGGAUUAUGCCUCGAAUGGGGAACUCUUGUCCUUGAUAAAAAAGUAUAAUACGCUUAACGAAGAUUGCACCAGACACUUUGGGGCGCAGAUUCUCGACGCCAUCAAGUACAUGCACGACAACGGGGUUAUUCAUAGAGAUAUAAAGCCCGAAAACAUCUUACUCGACGACAAACUCCGGAUCCAGAUCACUGAUUUUGGAACCGCUCGUUUGUUAGAGAAGAAGAAUGACGAAACUGAAGGCUAUCCUGUAGACGUCAGAGCGAAGUCGUUCGUAGGUACAGCUGAAUAUGUUUCUCCUGAGUUGUUAGAAAGCAAAUACUGUGGGAAACCCGGUGAUAUCUGGGCUUUCGGCUGUAUCAUCUACCAGAUGAUAGCUGGAAAGCCUCCUUUUAAAGCUACCAACGAAUACUUGACGUUCCAAAAGAUCACCAAAUUGCAGUAUGCUUUCAGCGCUGGUUUCCCCACCAUCAUCCGAGACUUGAUCAAACAGAUUUUGGUGUUGCAACCUAACAAGAGAGCCAAUAUAGCUCAGAUCCAGAAGCAUUACUUCUUCCUGUCUAUUGACUUCAACGACGAAGAACAAAUAUGGUCCAAAGAGCCUCCUGAAAUCGGGCCGUACAAAAUGAAUGCCAAGGCAAUGAUGAAAGUACCCGAGUUGACUUCUGCUGUAUCGCUGCCUGCUGUUCCCAGAAGAGUAGUAAAGAAACCUGGUACAACUAAUGGAUCUAGUCCCACUGUUGAUGCCAUGCCUACUCCGAAGAGAAUAUUCAGUGAAGGCGCGGUGACAAAGAAUGUAAAUCCAGCCAGUGUGGCCGCAUUUGUGCUAAGCAAAGUAGAUACUAAUGUUCUGAAUGGAGUAGAUGACAAUGAUCUUGAAGCAACAAAGUCUCGUACUAAUACCUCAUCGGCACCAAGCAGAACACCUUCCACCCCAGAUUAUAUCCCUGGGACCAACAUAUUACGACCACAGAUAGCUCCUAGAACAAACUAUUCCAAAUCGUUGACACAAAGGAAACCAGCAAAGUCUAAGACCAAGUCCAAUGUCAUGGAAGUGACACCAUUGGGAACCUUAGAAGUAGCAUGGGGUGCCUAUUUGAAGCACUCUGAUGAAAGAAUACUACGCAUAGGUCCUGUGAUAUGCCAUAGAGAGACUACUGAGACUUUUGAGAGGAAGCACAAGGGCUCGUUGCACAACGCACCGUUGUCGUUGAGCACAAAAUUGCAGGUUACCAAUAAGUCUAGAAGCAACACUAGCUUGCUUAGCCAAGUAGUAAAUGGCUCUGGGGGUUUACGUAGCAGCUUAACUGCAGAUGAUGACUCUUCUCCAAAGGACGAAUCGACUGCUAUCAUUGAGUACUCUGAUAUAGAAGAAGCCCCAGAAUCCGGUUUGAGUCGAUCUGAUAGUACUAAUAGCUCGUCUGGUACUAGCAAGUAUAGCAGAUCGUCAUUUUUGAGGAAGUUGGGUCUUUCUCACAUGGAUAAGAACAAAGACACUUCCACUAGAGAUGAUACUUUGCUGGUGUCUACUUCCAGUCGUCAUCAUUCCCUUGACAAGUCUAGAACUUGCACCAUGAUUAUCACUACACAUGGCAGGGCUCUCAUUUUCUACAGAAACGAUAAGGAGAACAACUACAAGUUGAUUCUGGAGAUAAUACUCGGCUUUCCGUUUAUCCAAUUCAAGGAGUUAGUUUCAGCAAGCUCCAAGUUUCAGAAAAUGCUUCCAACCACUGGCAUAUUUACCGUAACAUCUGUAGACACCACCUUGGUUUUUGAAGUUGAGAAGUUCGAGGUUAACAACUGGACAGAAGCGUUGGCUAAGUCAAAGUUGAAUCAAUUU